AUGAUUCAAGUUCUUCCUAAUGAAUUGCAAAUUGAAAUAUUAACAUAUGUUAUUACAGAAACAAGCAUUCAGAAAUUUUGCACUCUACGAACUGUUUGCAAAAGAUGGAAUGCAUUUGUUCCUUUAGUGAUGCAUAAAGAAGUUAUUUCUAGGUUAAAUUCUGGUUUAAAACUUGAGUUAACGUAUUUUCAUGGUGUCGCGAGUUAUUUUAAAUCGAUUCAAAAAUUAUCACCAACUUAUGAUGAUUUCGCUAAGACAUUUACUUUUGUAUUUGAUGAUACUGACGACAACAUUGGUGAUACGUACUAUGACGUAACUAAACUUCACUGUGAUUAUAACGUCAGUCUUACAGUAUCAGUAUGGAUGGAAAGGAGUAAAGAUAGGCGAAACAAGAGAAGUAAGCGAAGUCCGAGUAAACUUGGAAACGAAUUAGGAGUUUUAACUUUGUCAAAAUUGUUAAAUAACGAUAUAUAUAAACAUGAAUUCGAUCAUCGAAGUAACAUAUGUUUUAAACGGGAGGUGAUCAAGAUUAAUGAAGACAACGAUUUUAUUUACGUGAAACUUCAUAGUUUUACUCUUGAAGCAUGGAAGCUCUGUUAUAUUUUGGAUUAUUUUGAAUUUGAUACGUGA